AUGGAGGGAUUAGUUGUGAGGAAAAAGACUUCAAUGGAUGAAGAGAUGGUGAGUAUGAUUUCGAAUGCAGCGAUGGCAGCGGAAGGUUCUGAUUCGAACAGCAACAACAACCCAAUCCGCCCAAUCAAACGAACAAGACACGACAACUCUGACACCUCAGUAAGAUUCAAAGGUGUAGUGCUGCAGCAAAACGGCCACUGGGGCGCGCAAAUUUACGCAAAUCACCAACGCAUUUGGCUGGGAACAUUCAAAUCAGAGAAGAGUGCAGCCAUGGCCUACGACAGUGCGGCCAUCAAGCUUCGAAGCGGAGACUCUCAUCGCAACUUCCCAUGGACUAGCCUCACCAUCCAAGAACCCAAAUUCCAAGACCUUUACACAACAGAUGCAGUGCUGAACAUGAUCAAGGAUGGUUCGUACGAGUCCAAGUUCGCUGAUUUCAUCUGCACCCAAACGUCGAACAUGACGAAAGAUGUCAAUUUCGACCUAAGGGAUAUCCCUGCCGAACAAGGAGGGAUGUUGUACCGACAACUCUUUCAAAAGGAGCUGACCCCGAGUGAUGUCGGGAAGCUCAACAGGCUAGUGAUACCGAAGAAGCACGCAAUGAAGUACUUUCCGCAGCUUCCAGAAGACAUCAGGGAAGGAGAUGAGAGCGGGAGCGGAAUAGACGAUGUCCAGCUGGUGUUCUUCGACGACAGCCUGCGGUCGUGGAAGUUUCGAUACUGUUAUUGGAAGAGUAGCCAGAGCUAUGUGUUUACAAGGGGGUGGAAUCGGUUUGUAAAGGAGAAGAAGCUGAAAGCGAAGGACGUCGUUACGUUCUACAGGUGCGAAUAUAGAGAACGGCUGAUGGACGAGAAGGCAUUUUGCAUGAUCAGAGUGGAGCAUGGCGGAGGUGGAGACGGCGGUGGUGGAGAUGAGGAGACACCUAAAGUUGUAGUAGGGAAGGUAGAGUUGCAGCUUGGGUUGGGAGGGUGGUCUGGAUGUGGGUCGGUUGGGGAAGGGAGAAAGGUCGAUGGAGAAAAGGAGGAAUUUGUAAAGAAGAAAGGUGUCAGAUUGUUUGGAGUGCAGAUCAGUUGAGUUUGUGUAGAGUUUCUUAGGGUUCUUUUGUUUGAAGGUCUUAACAGCAACCUUUGUGGAUUCUAUGGGCCAUAAAUCAGGCUACAU